AUGAACUACUUACUUUCUAGCCUUAUCCCAAAAAUACAAAAUCCAACUGCUGAUUACCAAAUCUUGGCAAAUGUACUCAAAUGUUGUGCUUCCAUAUCAGAUGGGAUGUUGGGGAAAGCUUUACAUACUUGUGUUAUUAAGUUAGGUCAUCAUUCAUGUCAAUUUGUUAUAAAAGCCUUGCUUAAUAUGUAUGCUAAAUCUAAACAUCUUGAUGAUUGUCAAAAGCUUUUCCGUACGGUUAACUAUAGUGACACAGUCAUGUGGAAUAUUGUCUUGUCUGGAUUUGCUUGUUCGCCGUUACAUGAAAUGGAGAUGGAAAAGUUGUUUAAUUUAAUGCAAAGAGCAUGUUAUCCUAAGCCAACUUCUGUUACUCUUGCAAUUGUUGUUCCUGUGAUUGCUCGUUCUGGAGCUUUGGGUGCUGGAAAAAGUCUUCAUUGUUACGCGGUAAAGCAUGGGUUGGAAUGUGAAACCUUGGUAGGAAAUGCUUUCGUAUCCAUGUAUGCGAAAUCUGGGAAUGUUUUAGAUGCGGAAGCUACUUUUCGUGGAAUUUCUGAUAAAGAUGUUGUUUCAUGGAAUGCAAUGAUUGCAGGUUUGAUAGAGAAUAAGCUUACAGAUAGGGCGUUUGAAUUGUUCAGGUUGAUGUUGAGAGGUUCUGUUCUACCUAAUUAUGCAACUAUUGCUAAUAUUAUUCCUACCUGUCCUAGUUUAGGAGGGAUAGAUGGUUACCACUUGGGAAGGCAGAUGCAUUGUUAUGUUUUGCGACGGGUUGAGUUGUUGUCAGAAGCUACUGUCAUCAAUGCUCUUUUGAGCUGCUAUUUGAGGGUUGGGAAUUUUGAAGGAGCAGAGACUUUGUUCCGGAAUAUGAAAAGUAAAGAUCUGGUAUCGUGGAACUCAAUAAUUGCUGGAUAUGCAGCAAAUGGUGAAUGGUUGAAGACAUUGGAUUUUUUCCGUGAAUUCACUAAAGAGGAGAUGAGUGGACCAGACUCUGUUACUCUUAUGAGCAUUCUUCCAGUAUGUCCACAGCUCAAUAAUGUGUUGAUCGGGAAGCAGAUCCAUGGGUAUGUAAUUCGUCAUAGUUUCCUCCAUCAGGAUAUCUCUGUGAUUAAUGCCCUUAUAAGUUUUUAUGCAAAAUGUGGAAACAUUAAAGAGGCAUGUCACCUAUUUUCGUUGACUUUUAAUAAAGACUUGAUAUCUUGGAACACUAUGCUUGAUGCCUUAGCAGAAAACCAACUUCACGAACAAUUUAUUAUCUUGUUAAAGGAGAUGUUUAGAGAGGGGAUGAAAGCUGACUCCAUCACAUUACUGGCUGUGGUGCGCUAUUUUGCUAACAUUUCCAGACUGGAAAAGGUUAAAGAAGCACAUGGUUUUUCAGUAAGAUCUGGUAUUUUGUUAAGUUAUACUGAACCUACUCUCGCUAAUGCCUUACUUGAUGCAUAUGCAAAGUGUUGCAAUUUAAAAUAUGCUAACAGAAUAUUUGAGAAUUUAUCAGGAAGCAAUAAUGUAAUCACAUGCAACUCAAUGAUCUCAGGGUUUGUGAAAUAUGGUCUGCAUGAAGAUGCACAUGGCAUAUUCAAGAGGAUGACCGAGAGGGAUCUUACCACUUGGAAUUUGAUGGUAAGAGCUUAUGCUGAAAAUGAUUGUCCUGAUCAAGCGGUGAGUCUGUUUACCGAGUUAGAGCAUCACAAAAUGAGGCCUGAUGCCAUGUCCAUUUUGAGCCUCCUUCCUGUUUGUGCUCAAAUGGCCUCAAGCAACUUGCUAAAGCAGUGCCAUGCAUAUGUGAUAAGGGCUUUUCUGGAUGAUGAUGUUUAUCUGAUUGGGGCUCUCAUAGAUGUUUAUUCUAAAUGUGCUACUCUAAAAUAUGCAUACAAGCUUUUCCAAUCAUCUCCGGUCAAAGAUCUUGUUAUGUUUACAGCAAUGGUUGGAGGGUAUGCUAUGCAUGGAAUGGGAGAAGAAGCACUUGGGAUAUUCUAUCAUAUGCUUGAGAUGGACUUUAAACCAGAUCAUGUUAUAAUAACUACAGUACUAUCUGCUUGUAGUCAUGCUGGCCUUGUGGAUGAAGGGUUAAAGAUCUUUGAUUCAAUGGAAAAGACGCAUCAAAUCAAACCUAGCAUGGAGCAUUAUGCCUGUGUGGUGGAUCUACUUGCACGUGGAGGUAGAAUUAAAGAUGCGUUUUCCUUUGUGACCCAGAUGCCCUUUCAAGCUGAUGCGGAUGUAUGGGGAACGCUUCUGGGUGCCUGUAAAAUCCAUCAGGAGGUUGAUGUGGGUUGUGCUGCGGCUAAUCGCCUGUUUCAAGUUAAUGCUAAUGAUAUCGGGAAUUAUAUAGUCAUGUCAAAUCUGUAUGCUGCAAAUGCUAGAUGGGAUGGCGUCUUAGAGAUAAGGAGGUCUAUGAAAAUGAGAGAUCUUAAGAAGCCAGUUGGUUGCAGUUGGAUUGAAGUGGAAAGGAAGAAAAGUGUAUUUGCUGCUGGUGACUAUUCUCACCAACAGAGAGGACUCAUAUAUGAAACAUUAAGAGUCUUAGAUGAACAAAUCAAAGAGUUAUAUGAGUAUGACUUGUAGCCUCGUAAUAUUUUGCUCAUGUGAAGU